AUGCGUCUCAACGCCCAGCUCGCGUCGUUCCUCCUCUCAUCGAUAGUGCUCGUUGGCUCUGCCCAUGCUGCCGAUGAGGAGCCUUUGGUAGAGAAGGAGACUGCCUCUACCAUCGAGAAGCCUACCUUUGUCCCCACAACUAUCAAAGCCCCAUUCCUCGAACAGUUCACCGACAAAUGGGACUCGCGAUGGGCCAUCUCCCAUGCUAAGAAGGAGGAUGCCAAGUCUGAUGAGGAAUGGGCCUAUGUUGGUGAAUGGGCCGUCGAGGAGCCAACCGUCUUCAAGGGAAUUGAGGGCGAUAAGGGUCUAGUUGUCAAGAAUCCCGCUGCCCAUCAUGCGAUUUCCGCCAAGUUCCCAAAGAAGAUUGAUAACAAGGGCAAGACUCUCGUUGUGCAGUACGAGGUUAAGCUUCAGAACUCUCUAACCUGUGGAGGCGCAUACAUGAAGCUCCUACAGGAGAACAAGAAGCUUCACUCCGAAGAAUUCUCCAAUGCCUCGCCUUACGUCAUCAUGUUUGGCCCCGAUAGAUGUGGAGCCACCAACAAGGUUCACUUCAUCUUCAAGCACAAGAACCCCAAGACUGGCGAAUACGAGGAGAAGCACCUCAAGGCCCCCCCAGCCGUCAAGGUCACCAAACUCACCACCCUCUACACUCUCAUCGUCAACCCGGACCAGUCCUUCCAGAUCCGCAUUGACGGCGAUGCCAUCAAGAAUGGAACCCUACUCGAGGACUUUACUCCUCCAGUCAACCCUGAGAAGGAAAUUGAUGACGCCAAGGACACCAAGCCAGAGGACUGGGUUGAUGAGGAGAAGAUUGCCGACCCCGAGGCCAAGAAGCCCGAGGACUGGGACGAGGACGCUCCUUUCGAGAUUGUUGACGCCGAUGCCACCAAGCCCGCUGACUGGCUAGAUGACGAGCCAACUUCUAUUGCCGACCCUGAAGCCGUCAAGCCAGAGGACUGGGACGACGAGGAAGACGGUGACUGGAUUGCACCAACCAUCCCCAACCCCAAGUGCGAGGAAGGCUCUGGAUGCGGCAAGUGGGAGGCCCCCAUGAUCCGAAACCCAGCCUACAAGGGCAAGUGGUCCGCUCCUAUGAUUGAUAACCCAGCCUACAAGGGAGUCUGGGCUCCAAGGAAGAUCCCCAACCCCAACUACUUUGAGGACAAGAAGCCCUCCAACUUUGAACCCAUGGGAGCUAUUGGCUUUGAAAUCUGGACCAUGCAAAACGACAUCCUCUUUGACAACAUCUACAUCGGCCACUCUAUCGAAGACGCCGAGAAACUCAAGGCUGAGACCUACGACAUCAAGCGCCCCAUUGAAGCUGCUGAGGAAGAAGCCAGCAAACCCAAGCUCAGCCCUGAGAUCGAUGAUGAGACCCCCGCUGUCCCCUUCACCGAGGACCCAGUGGCCUACAUCCGCGCCAAGCUCGACCGCUUCAUCACUAUCGCCCAGGAUGACCCCGUUGCAGCCCUCAAGGCCGUGCCUGAGGUUGGCGGUGCCAUUGGUGCGAUUCUCGCCUCUCUUGUCGUGAUCAUUGGCAUGUUCGGCCUGUCCACCCCUGCCCCACCAGCCGCUAAGAAGGAGACCGGAAAGGCCGCCGAGAAGACUGAGAAGGAGAAGGCCGCCGAGGCCGUCGUUGCCUCCGGAGCCGACAGCGGCAAGGGAGAGGCGAAGAAGCGUGCCGCGAAGUCAGGUUAA